AUGUUCCGAAAUGCGUUGGUGAAAAUGUUUGAAGCUAAAGACUUGGACUGCGUGUUCUUAGAAACAAAUAUGAGUGUGAAGAAACGGUAUCACAUGGUCUAUGAAUGCAUUCCUCUUCCAAAAGAAGUAGGAGAUAUGGCUCCAAUUUACUUUAAGAAAGCCAUAAUGGAGUCUGAUGAAGAAUGGUCCGUGAACAAGAAGUUAAUUGAUCUGUCUUCAAAAGAUGUUCGGAAAUCUGUUCCUAAAGGAUUUCCAUACUUUUCUGUGGACUUCGGCCUUCAGGGAGGAUUUGCUCACGUCAUUGAAGAUCAACACAAGUUCCCACAUUACUUUGGAAAGGAAAUUAUUGGUGGCAUGCUGGACUUGGAACCACGGCUCUGGAGAAAAGGAAUCAGACAGAACUUUGAGGAUCAGAGGAAGAAGGUGUUGCAGUUUGCACAGUGGUGGAAACCAUAUGACUUUACCAAAAAGAAAGAAUGA